AUGGAGAUCAAUGAUAUGAAAGAACUGAAGUGGCCUGCAAGUAUGAAGUCGUCCCCUGACAAUAGAGAUAGGAGCAAAUACUGUGAGUUCCACCGAGAUCAUGGGCAUACCACGGAGGAUUGUAAAGCCCUGCAGCAGGAGAUUGAAGCCCUUAUUAAAAGAGGGUUCCUAAGUAAUUACGUUGGUCAUGAUAAAUGCCCAAGGAAUGAUUAUGAUAAGCGGAAGGAGUUUGGAGCUGAAAGCUAUGGACAACCCAUGACAGGGACUAUUAAUAUCAUCAUUGGAGGCAUAACAUCUGAGAAAGACACAAAUAGUGUGUGGAAGCAGUGUGCCCAACAAUGUGCUCAUGCUUCGAAGGAAUUCCAUUAUAAACUUGAGCACAUUACUUUUAGGUCAAGGGAUUUGGAAGGAGUAUCAUAUCUUCACGAUGAUGCCUUGGUUAUCUCUGCAAUUGUAGCUAACUUUGAAGUGAAGAAUAUACUGAUUGACAAUGGGAGUGCAGCAAACAUACUCUCUCAUGACACUUUCACCAAGAUGGGGAUCUCGGCCAUCCAGCUCAAGGCAGUUAGAACUCUUCUUCAGGGUUUUGGUGAUGGAGUCAUUAUACUACAAGGCAUCGUUGAGUUUCCACUUAUAUUGGGUUCUGAUAAAGCAUAG